GUGUCGUGGUGACAGCCGGGCGGGGUAGACGUGCACGCUCAGCUCCUCGACGGGUGUUCCAUGCGCCACACAAACGCAUCAAUAUAACAGCGAUAUACCGGGUCUACCCCACUCGAUUGUCGUCGCCCCCCACAACCAAGAACACGAGUGUGUGGUGGUGGUGAGAGCACUCUCCAGCCCCCGGGGGACGCUAGGUGGUGAAGGGAGUGAGAGCAGCAGCAGCAGCAACAUGGAGGAGGCCAGUCGGAGGUGUCAUGGUGGUCGCCGUCAUCCUCGUCAGGCAGCGCCAGUGGCAGUGUGAGACAGCUCUCACCUUUCUCAGGUGUGGCAAGGAGAGGACGAGGGAGUUAUGGUGUGGGUAGGCCGGCCACGGCUCUCCCGGGCGGUGGUGUCUGGCAUGCGUCCCCUGGUGGCCUGCCUCCUCCUCCUCCUGGUCGCUGCAGCCGUCUUCACUCUCCAUGCUGGUAUAUGCGUGGGCGGACUGUGGACAUGUUCGAGUGUUAGAGAGGAGCCGAAGGGACCAGAUGCCAUCAUUCAGCUGAGACGAUACGUUGCCGCCACUCUCAUCAGGCUCUCCCAUGACCUCCGAGCUGGCCACACACACUCAGUAGCAACAGAGCUGGAGACAACAGCAGCAUUACUGGACGCACGCUAUAAACCGAGAGUGAGGGGACCACCUCUCCCCAAGACGGGCUUUGCUCCUCCACCUCUCGGCUCACUCUCUACCAACUCUACUCCCAUUCACAGUGUUUCUUGGGGUGAAGAAAUAAAGACUGGAAGGUCAGAAUAUGGAAUAAGCACAAGAUUUAAGAAUUACUAUGAGAAAUUUAAAAGAAACUUUAGUGGUGAAACAUUUAAUGAAUUUAUUCAGAAAUUAAACGACACUGCUGUUCAAGAUUUCACACCAAAUCCAUAUAUAUCUGAAAGUUCAGAAACACUAGAAAAAAAAUUAUUUUUUGAAAGACUCGACAGGAAAGACUUAAAAGGUUCUAGAAUAUACAAAUCAGAUCUUCAGUCAGAAAUACAAAGAGGACUUGGAAGCAAAGAUACUUCAUAUGAUAUAGAUGAGGACGAGCCCCAACAAUCCAAAUUAGACUAUUUAGAAUCUGUCAAAUCAGUCUAUCCAGUAUACCCAGCUGAUCUUGUAAAUAACCUGCCUGGCAUAGCUGACUUGGAAGACUUGGGCAAUGAUUCUCUUCCCCCAUUGCUAACCAAAGUCACAGUCAUUCUAGAUGGCUGCAGCUCCUCUCCACCCUAUAUUGUGAGUGUGGUGCGUCAAGCCAAAGCAGCAUGGCCAAGUGUAGGAAUCAUUGUAGGUGUGGAGGAAGAGAAGCGUGCAGAAGUGGACGAUAUUGGCCAUCUGUCUGGUGUGACACUUGUUAUGGUGCAGUGUGAGAAAUGGAGACGUAACGACCUCCGUAUCUUGGUAACAUUAGCCAAAACGCCCUAUGUUCUAGUUCUGGAUGGUGUUUCUGCCAUCACGGAUGACCUUAAUCUUUCUCGGUUGCUCUCAGUGGCUCUGGGGCUCAAAUCCCUUGGGGUAGGCAUUGUAAGUGGUGCAGAACGUGGGAGAGAUGGGUCAUGGGACUAUACUUGCACACGUCUAACAAUUAGCAACUCGCGUCUUACUCUCAGAGAUGGAUAUGAAUUUUCCCGUGCUGCCUGUCUCUUCUGUGAUGUCAUCUCUAGUUCUUUCUUAGCAGCAACUAAGGUUCUUCAUGAUGUACCGUAUGACUUAAGUAUGUCUCAUAGAUCCCAGGUCAUUGAUUGGAGUUUGAGGCUACAAAAGCAUGGUUACCUAGCAAUGACAUGUCCAGAUGUAAUGUUUCAUAUGCAAAAGAGUCUGAGGUCCAAAGAGCAACAUAGGGAACCAGACAAAAGCUGUGUAACAAAGGAUGAAAAGAAACAGGCAAGAGCACAAUUGUGGGCCAUCAAAAGGCAGUACAGAAAACUGGCACAAAAAUGGGAACUUAAUUAUGUCACCUUUAACAAUGGUACAAGUUUCGAGUACAACUGCCGUGAAGUGCAUUAUGAUUGUAGUGCUUAUUAUAAAGUAAGAUAUUACAUCCUUCCACCAUGUUGUUUAAAGCUUAAAAAUAAAAUAUUAAACACUGUUGAUAUAAUUGCAAAAGAAAACAGAGUUCCUUAUGAAAUUAGUUCUGGUACUCUUUUAGGUGCUUUGAAGUUUAAAGAUGGUCUUCCUUGGGAUUUUGACGAUGAUGCAUAUUACAGAAAUUCAGACGUGGAAGUGUUUAUCAGAAAUAAACAAAGGAUGCGACGACUUGGUCUCUCACCAUACUUUAGUGAUCAAGUCAGCAAAGGAAAUAAAUCUGUCGUUAGUAAAUAUAUCUAUGCAACUAGUCAGGGGGGUUUUGCAUUGGAUUUAUGGGGCAGGAAAACAAUGCCAUCUAUAGGAACACUGGAAACUCUUAAGAAAUAUCCAGACAAUCUUGUGUGCCUUCAGCAUGGUCACAUCCCAACACCUAUUAAAGUUGCGAAGUCAAUCCAGAAGAACAUGACAUUACACAAAACUAAAAAUAAAAUACUGCCAUCAUGCUACCUCAGCUCCUUUAUACGUGUGGGUUCCAACUGGUUGCCUGGUCCCUGGAAUCCUGGCAAGAAAGCUCUAACUCAGUAUGGUGAUAAUAUGUUUCGUCAUGAGGCACAUUGGCGGUGGAAUGAUGUUGACAAUCCAGGGUGGAAGCCAUGUCCACGCCCAGGCCACCAUGCCUGUCUUGAUUCUCACCCAUUGGAUGGCUCCUUACCUUUCCUUUGAGCACAUCUGCCACAUAUAUGAAAGUCUCAUGGCAAAGUACAUUCUAUUCUUGACAAAUUUAUUAAAUAAAAGAUGUACGGGACCAGGUUACCAGAACUAAUUGCUGUAUUUAGACUUGAAUGAACUUAAAUAUUCUUAGUCUAGUUCAAAAUAAUUCUCCUUUAUUCUUUCUUUCAGCCAAAAUUUGAUAUAAAGUCAUACCAAUGUAUAAUAGGUGACUGAUAUAUUGAAUUAGCAAUUUAAUAGGUAAAACAGAAUACAGCAUGUAAAUCCCUUGCAAUAAUGUCAUGUGCUCCAUAUGUUGAAUGUAAACACUGCAGUUGCUGUUUGUCAGUCAACACUGGCAAUUUAUAAAAGUCGAUACAAUAGAUGGUUUCCAUUGUUGGGGCCAGGAAGUAUUCUAGACUUACUGAGAUCCCCCCUAUGCGAACGACUAACCUUCCCCAGUAUGCAAGCCACAACAGUCGCCUAAUUCCUGGGUAACUAUAUACUGCUGGAUGAAAAGAUGUACAGUAUCACUGUGCAAGGAAAUUUGCCAAACGUAUCUCCCUGCACAUGAAUUAAACCCUGGAGCAUUCAGGCAUGAGGUGACUGCACUGACCAAAGUGCUACAAGAUACCACAAAUCUGAAUAAUGAAAUAUGACUCAAAAUCGUCCUUUAUCUGGCAGUUUCUGUCCUCCUGCACUGUGCCUUCAGUAGUCCACACCUUCAGUGGUCUGCAUGGAUUUCCUUUGGUAGCUUCUGUGGAGCUCAGACCUCUCUAUGAUGAACCUGGCUUAUUGGUUACUUUUUGAGGUCUUGGGUUCAAUCUGGCUGGAUGACAACUCCCUCCUUUCAUGUAGUGGCAGGGAUUUCGUUGACAUUGCAUACCUGAUUGGUGGGAGGUGAGCACUGUCUUUCAGAUGUUUCUGACUGGGACAUCAUUUGCCUCACUCCAGUACUGCCUGCUUGCCCUGGCACUUUCCAAGGAUGUGGGCAAGUGGCAGAUACAUGCACAGCUACCUAUGCUUUCUAGGACCCUUAUUGCAGAAAACCACAGGGUAUAUUCGCACCUGGCAGUGGUCUUGCAUGUCUGGGUCCUCCUGGAGGGGUUUUCUGACCAUCUGACUGAGGAUGUGGUGGUGAUAGAAUCCACUUGGGGGGGUGGGGGAGCAGAGUCCAUACAGCCUGUGCUUCUUACCCUUGCAACCUUGCCCAAGAUGCUUACCCCUCUCCUUCAGGAGGCGGUGGCGGCAUUUUAUUCAGUCCACUUCAUGUGUCGACAGACCAUGCUGACCCAUUCUUUAGAUUCAGCUUGGCUCUUACCUUUUUGGCUGCCUCUCCCUUUUCAUUUCUCUUUCAUGGGGAUACUGUAGCACAGGUUGUUGUGAUGGCAGCUUUUUCAUGCCGCUCUAUCGAUCACCUGUAGUUUUCUUAGGGUUCUGUCCCCUUUCAAAGGCAGUCUAGUCUGGUAGAGACUUUGCCUCUUGUUGGCCAUGGUAGGUCUUCAGGUGGGUCAGGCUCCUGGGCCAUAGUGCUUCCUAAGGCGGCUUCCUCCUCUGCUCGACGUCACACUCGCAUGUCAUGGAGGUCUGGUUCUACUCCGAAUUCACUUUGGUCCUUUCACCGUUUGCCAUUUUAAAGCCGCUGUUGGAGUGGGGGGGGGGGAAGGGCAUCUGCCCUCUUUUGCCAGCUCCUGGUCCCAUAGUUUAGGGGGUUUAUCGGGUUAUUACCCAUGGUGUUUGGUGGGGCUUGUUACUCUCUUUCCUCUAUAUUUAGGGUUGUGUCUGUUGAGUCAAGAGUCUUCCCCAGGAUUAUCAGGUAUUUGCACAUUGCUUGGCCUUGGGCAUGGUCAAGCCGCCCUCACCCCUUUGGUGGGUGUCCCAGUUGUUCCUGGUGCCAAAGCAGGACUUGGUGGACCUUCAGUACAUCCUUGAUGUUUUGGGUCUGAAUGACUUCGUCUCCUGCCUGGACCACUUUGGUGCAAGUUUGCCUGCUGCUACAGGCUGGAGUCGCUUCACCUCAAGGACGCAUACUGGCAUGUCCACAUUCAUCAGGGAUUCGAGGACUGUUUAGCUUUUGUUGAGAGGCAUCGGGCUUACCACUUUCUUGUCAGCCAAAUCAAGAUAAAAUGUACAAAGAUCAGACAUUGUUGUGAGGUAUUAAAAUUCUUAAUGUGAGAACCACUGAUACAACUCAUUGUUUACAUGCGACACUGUUCAAUUAAUAUGGAAUGUCAGUUGACACACAGUCACUAUAUAUACACAGAUGUGGUGGCAUGAUGCAACAUACAAGGGUUCUAUGAACAGAUGUUCAAAAAUGUAUGUGCUACACAAUUUUAUCAAUACACUGAUAUUUUUUUUCACAAAUACCUUCACAUUGUUUGUUAUCAAAAGAUACAAAAUAUGGCAGGAUUAACUACUUUAGAGGACCCCAUAUGGAGUAAAAAUGCUUGAUACAUUGAAUACAGUAUACAGUGGAACCUUCGUUUACAAAUUUAAUCCGUUCCCAGAGGCGGCUCAUAACCCGAAAAUUUGUAACUCUAAACAAAAUUUCCCAUAAGUAAUAAUGUAAAUGGAAUUAAUCCAUUCCACAUUCCCAAAAAUAUUAACUUCAAAAUACAUUUCAUACAUAAUAAACACAAAUAUUUUGUACUAUAGUACAGUAUGUACAAGUU